AUGGUGGUGAUGGAAUCCUUCGAAGACUCAAAUUGUCCUUCUUUGAGCGAUAGUUUAUCUUUGUAUGAGCGGUAUAUGAGAAGUUUUAACGUUGUUAAUACCUUUAACGAUAACAAUAAAGAAAUUAAUGAACCAUCUAGUAACUGUGAAAGUUCUAAUAGUGGUGGUAAUAUAGAUCUUUCGACUGUGAUACAAUCAAAUUUAUCGAAUCAUAUUGAUGUAAAUUCAAUUAAACCAGAAUAUAGUCCAAUACAGGCGAUUUUGGACGAUGUGGAUAAGGUCUCUGACCCAGACGUAGCUAAAGUAGGAUCGCCUUGCAAUUCACUUGCCGCGUCUCUGACGGAAACAUCUUCAGCAACAAAUCCUUGUUUGAAUGAUAAAUCUGACAAUACGGACGUUCCUGUAUCCUCUGAAGAGUCAAAAUUUGAGGGAUUCAGAUCAGUUUUUAUAACCUCUACGAUGGAAAACAGUAACAAUGCGGUGGACAGUGUACCUUUGUUUCGUGACGUAAAACAAACCGAAAGUGUUUUUAAAUUACCAAUUUGUGAAUUAUCAUUUAAUGGUACCAUACUUAAACAUGUUCAGAAACUUAAACCUAUAGUUGAUCCAUUGACUGCUUUAAGCAUGUCAAAUAAUGUUCUUAAUUUAAAUUACGAGCGAUGCACCGAUGUGAUAUCAAAUUGUUGUAAAAAUGAGUCUAGUGUUGAUAGAAAAUCACAAAUAUCGAGUGAUAUGGAAGAAAAAAACUCAAAUGAGUCACUUAAAAAUUUAAAUCCCACUGAGAGUAGUGAGAGUUCAUGCGGAGAAGACAGCUCUAAGAAGGAACAGAUUAAUAAUGAUGGGAAUUCUAAGUGGAACUUGGACCAGAGUUAUUCAUCCCUGGAGGCAUCCUUUGAUAGUGGGUUGCGUUCCCCUGACAUGUUCUCAGACGAAGAUGAAUCUGAACCGAGUCCACCUCCUGAACCAUUUUGGAACUUUUUAAAAGACUUUGAGCAGUAUGAUAAAAGAAAAGUCAGAAAGAUAGAGGAAACAUUACAAGGUGUACUACCACCUCCAUCAGUAACAACACUUAAGACUGAUGUAACGCAAAUGUUGAAGAAAUAUUACUGUUUCCUGCCAGCUUUUAAUGGAGAGGAUAAUAUUAAUAUUGAAGCAAAUUCUAUGACACCAACUAAAAAGGUUUCAUUUGUACAAAUACCAGAGACAACAAAUGUACACACCUAUUCAGAAACUGUACAUUUGGAUAAGACUAAUACAAGUUUAAUACAGCCAGAUGUUUUGCAAAAAUCUCAAGCUAACACAAGCAUCAACGAUAAGAGCAUAGAGAUAAAAAUGUGUUCUGAAAUUGAUGUUCUAGAAGCGUCAUGGCCGGAUGUGUUAAAAUGCAAAUACUAUGAUGUUUAUUACAAUCUAACCUCCCACUCGGAAAAAUACGAAUUGCUCAUGCAAAAGUAUGCUGAAAGAUUCAUUGGUGCUGAAACUGAUACGAGUGUCAAUAUAUACUCUGGAGGAUUACAGUCACCGAGUAGUGCUUGCAAAAGAAAAGCACUGAGAUUGAAGAUGUCUCAAGUCAAAUCUCCCGGUCGGAGGCUCUCUCACUUGGCUCGACGUCGGCAAGCCUUUUGCAGCGCGGCCACUAUCAAUGAGAAGGCACAAACGUCUUCCAAAAUGGUGUUAAUUGAUAAAAAUUUCUUUCCACAUAGAAAGCUGAUCAAUUCUGCGGAGAGGAAAAGUCCUAGAACCCGUCGCACACCAGGCAAGAAGACCCCCGGUAAGAAGACACCAGCAAAGACACCAAAGACCAAGAGCGGUGGUUCCAGUAAGAAGAAAGCGAUGCGGCGACUACUAAUGGAUUCAGAUCUAUCUAAAACCCAACCAACCAGAGAUACGCUGAAACGCGCCUUAUUCAUCAGUCCGGAUAACAAAAAGCCGGUCGCAACAUGUUCUUCCGUCCCAAACCAGGCUUUGAAAUCCAAACGAGCGUUAUUCGGAUCACCCGUCAGGCAAGCUGAGACCAAGAGUAUGGAUGGAACAGCCAGUGAUCAGUUUCUGAAGCGGAAAAGAGAUACGCUUGAUGAUGAACCUGAAACUAGUAGGAGCAAGAUAGCAAAGAGUCUGUCAUUCGGUGGUGAUAGUCGACUGUCGUUCAGUUCAGAAAAUAGAUUGACAUUCGGCGUUGAAAACCGAAGGGCAUCGGAGUGUUUGACGACGAAGACGAUGGCUGAACUCAACGAAACACAUAAGAAGAAACUUCUUUGGGCCGUGACCGAAGCCUUACGUCUCCACGGCUGGCGUAUGUCUUCGCCGGGUUUCCGUGAGAAAGCUUCAUCCCUGGCUCGUCUAACUCGCAAGUUAUUGACACUUCCUCCUCACGCGGCACGACUUGCAGCACCCAAUCUGUCAACUUCUGAUACUAUGUUUAAGUUAGCUCGCCAAUACGUAUUUGCAAUAAUCCAAGGUCGAACAGUGGAAGAAUGCUAUCAAGAUGAGGUGGUCAAAAUCUCUAAUGAGAAUAACAAGAUAACUGGCUAUAUAUCCGCCACGGCCUACCAACAGAUGAAGACCAAACAAGUUCCAUCGACAUUGACCUCGCAGAUCAAAGAAAAUACUUUUGGAGAAAGGUCAAGUAAACUGGAGCAGCCUAGGAGCACCUCCAAGAAUAUACUCCAAGACAAGUGGAUGAAUAUAGACUGUAAUUCAAACUCAAAUAGUAAUAGCAGUGGUAGUUUUAGUGUUUUAGAUAAGGCUGGAGUUUUCAAAUCCAAUUCAAUGCCUUCAUUCGAAGAAGCAGCUAAAAUGAGGGCAAGAAGACAAAUAAGUUUCGACAAUGUAGAUUUUCCAAAGAGGUGA